AUGUUCAAAUCUCCUUUUGUCUGUAAGGACAUUGUCUAUAGGUCUAUACGGACAGAGUUCUCCAUGCUUCUAGCUAAUAAUAAUCUUUCUAAUGCUAAAGUGCGAUCCUUUGGUACUGAAGACCGGCCCACAGACAGACCUGCUCCUCCAAGGGAAGAAAUCUAUGAAUACAUCAUUUUCCGGGGAAGUGACAUCAAAGACAUCACUGUCUGUGAACCUCCAAAAGCUCAACAUACUCUGCCACAAGAUCCUGCCAUUGUUCAAUCUUCGCUGGGCUCUGCCUCUACAUCCUCCUUUCAGCCACAUGUGCCUUACAGCCCAUUUAGAGGUAUGCCACCUUACAGCCAGCUUGCUGCCAGCUCUUUGCUUAGCCAGCAAUAUGCAGCUUCAUUAGGUUUAGAGAAAUUGGUAAGCCCUCCAGCAUCAGCAGCUGCUUCCAGCCCUAGUUCUUCUCCGUCUCCACAACCUGUUUCAGAGCCUGACAUGUCUUCAGAGCCCCAUCAGCUCUCUUCCAAGGGUGCUGCCUUCCCUUCUGUCCACCCCGUCCGCAAGAGCCCCAUGGUGGAGCAGGCUGUGCAGACCGGCCCCGUGGACAACGUGAACCCCCAAAAGCCGCCCCCUGUCAAAGUAGCCCCCGGGGUUCAGCGCAACGGACGGCAGCUGCCGCAGACCCCAAGCAGCAAGGCUAAUGUUUCUGUAGAUACAGUUCAGGCAACACCUGUGCAAACCCAAGGACAGGUGAAUGAUGAAAAUAGAAGACCUCAGAGGAGAAGAUCAGGAAACAGGAGAACCAGAAAUCGGUCUAGAGGACAAAACAGACCAACUACUGUGAAGGAAAAUACAAUAAAAUUUGAAGGUGACUUUGACUUUGAAAGUGCAAAUGCACAAUUCAACAGAGAGGAACUUGAUAAAGAAUUCAAGAAGAAACUGAACUUUAAAGAUGACAAAGCAGAGACAGGGGAAGAAAAAGGGGACCCUGGAGUGGCAACUCAAAACAAUGAUGGUAAUGCAGAGGAGGACCUUCUGGGACCCAACUGCUAUUACGAUAAAUCUAAGUCUUUCUUUGACAACAUCUCUUCAGAACUGAAAUCUAGUUCUAGGCGCACGACGUGGGCUGAAGAAAGGAAGCUCAAUACGGAGACGUUCGGAGUGUCCGGGCGGUUCCUGCGCGGCCGCAGCUUUCGCGGUGGCUUCCGAGGUGGAAGGGGCAGCGGAGCAGCAAGGAGGAACCAGCCCACGCACAGAGCUGGCACCGGCAGGGUGUAACCGCAGAGGUUCUAACAUUUCUCCUGAGAAAAUGAAACUGUACAUAGAAAGAAAACGACCAACUGCUGCACUAAUGUGGGAAAAUGGUUCAUAUUGUUUACUGUCUCAGCUCAAAUGACAGAACUUCAUGUACUACUGCUUCUAUUCUGGACUUAUUUUGGACCAGCAAUUAACAGCUGGAGUAUUCUUUAGAAGAGGGAAUGUGUUCAGGGGUACCUUCUUCAGGGUGGCUUUAAUUUUGUUUUGUUUUUUUUUGUUUUGUUUUUAAGUGCAGACUAAUUUACAACAUGGUUCUUCUUUCUGGGUUUCUCAAAGGCUGCUAUAGUCGAAGCUUAAAGUCAGACUCCUUUUCUGCACCCUGAAGAAGAUAAUCAUGCUAUUUUAACAUGGAACCAAAGCUCACUUGAAAUAAACCAGCUAACUUGUUUGUUCCGAGUAACCAAAUGGAUUCUUUGGUGCUGCUGGUCUUGGAGGCAGCAUGUGAGGUAGCACUUGGUAUCUGGACGAGCGGAUUCCUGGUGCUGACGAGUUGUGUAUAUUGUCACUUGGGAAUACUGGAUUGUUGAUCAUGUAGUAGUGUAAAUGAUUGGACAA